UCCUCACACAGAAGCACAUGCGGUUUGGAGAGUAGGAAAAGGCGCCACUUGGAAUGGAACAAUAAGACGACUUGAAGCGUGGUGUGUUUCACAGCGAAACGAAGCCGAACAUCAGCCAGCAGCAAUGUCUGGCAGCUACACCUUUCCUCCCAUCGAGGCGACCACCGCGCCCGGCACGCCAUAUUACACGCCUUCUCACAGCAGAGACAACUCGUAUGCAAGCGUACAUCACCUGUCGCCGAACAAAAAAGCAGGGUCGAACGGAUACAUGAACAGCAGUAGCAAUGCGAAUGGUCACGGCGGCAGCUACCAUGUCAGGAAGGCUGGAUCCAAUCAUGCCCUGCAAAACAGCUUGCAUACACUGAGCGAAGUCAGCAACGAGACCACGCCUGUUGUGUCACCGUCAGAGGAGUUCAAUCGCUCGCUAGACUUCAACUCGUUGGCGCACGUCGCAAACGGCCACGUCCAUUCGCACUCGCACUCACGCAAUCACCACCACCAACACCACCACCACGAUCAUCACUCGCACGCCCACAGUCACUCGCUCCCACUCCCACUCCCACUCCCUAUGAAAGGCCGACCGCGAGGAGAAUCCGACCUGGGCAGACCUCUACAGACAUAUCAUCCAGCACUUGCCCCAGCUUCCAAACCAUGGUUCUCUCUGCCAGAGGCGUUGACCAGCCUUUUAAUACCGCUGCCAUAUUUGCUGGUGUCCGCCGCUUACGGUACGAGCAGCGCACUCGAAGAGGAUGGCCUCCCACCACUUUCCGCAUAUGCUCGAUUGCAGAGGUCUGUGCUCGGAGAAGGUCAGCCUGGGCCUGAGAGUUUGGUGAGAAGAGGGAACAGCUUGGUGGAAGCAUGUACGCUCACAUCGGGUACUUUGCUUUUGGUGGGCAUAAUAGCGAAGAUGCGCUCCUCGGAAAGAAUGCUGGACAGGAGGAAGGAUAAGGUGGAAGCGCUGCCUCGUUUAAAUGGCCUUUUAACGACGGCAUCUGUGCAAAAGAUGGCCGUUCGAAGUCUGAGCGUAGGAUUGCCGUACUAUGCUGCAACACAAAUCGGUGGCAUGCGAACAGGCAUUAUGCUCCUAAUAGCACUGGCAUCUGGUCUUGCCAACACUGACGCGACGCCUCGAGCGACUCUUCACGAUUGGAGGCACAUCCUCACCUCGCGGAUAGGCUCUCUUGCGGUAAUAGUGCUAGCCAUGCUGCUAGACUUUGGCGGUGUCACUUUUAGAGCAUCCUUCAGCGACUUGCUCUUGGGAUAUCUGGCUCUGGCUUGCUCCAUCUUUUUAAUCUCACCUCCACUUCCAUCGCUUGGAUCCGGGGUUACAUCUCAGCCCUCGAGCGCCAUCACUCCCACCACCCCUGUCAGCUAUCGCAAUUCUUGGAAGCACGGGUGCGGUAUCCCUCGCAUCCACGAUCCUGGUGUCUGGGCUAUUGUCUACAUCGCCUCCCGUGUCCGUCUCCGCAGUCGCAUUCAGCACUUUGGCAAUUGCAUCUUCCACAGCAGCGAUACUCUUCGCGCAACCGUCAGCACUGCGGAGUCAAUAUAG